UAUUUCAGUCUCACACAACCCGUCGUCCUCCUGCAGUCCGCCGACACCAAGCUACAUCGCCAGUCAUAUCGUUCAACAGGCCGCACAAACCUCCGCCUGAAAUACGUCCAGAGCAGCCCGUUUUGCUACGUUACCUCCGCAAAAUCGUUCGCUUGUCUUCUCACUCAAUCGCUGUUCCUCCUGUUUGGAAAGAUCAGACUCAUGAUCCACUAGAUUUCUCCGCCGUGUCUCCCCUACCCUCUAACCAUGUUCUCUUGGGGCAGGCUAUAACUCACUUUGAUGAUGUCGAAGCAAUUUCUACGCUCGACCGCUCUGUGUAUGGUGGCUCACAGUACCCCACACGGCACUCCUGCACCGACCACCCCCUCAAACGUGACCCAUUCCAUAGGCAGUCGCACCAAGCACAACCUAAGGAGGAAAGUUUGCGCUGCUCGAACGGAGCCAUACAAUUCCUGCAGCAGCACCUUUCCUUCCUUUACUCGAAUUGUUGCUGCGAAGUUCCCGGAAUACAUCAAAGUGGACGACACCCGAAGUCCAUUGAGACAGCAGCUUGCCAUGUCGCAGGACAUGGCACACGACCACUCAUCGUCCGAGUCCUCGGACGUUGAUUCGCUCCCGGACGUGCAUUGGUGCAAGGCGUUCUUUUGCUACUAUUCGUGCUGGUCUCAUGGCAGACUGAGGAUGCCUCCGCGAUGGCGCUUGGAGAGGGUGGACCCACACCAGGAUGGCACGACGAGAGCCGGUCGUGGUGGGACUCACUGUCACAGCUAGUCUAAUGGUGUUCGUCGAAUGUCCUUUUGAAUUCAGGAGACAGAAAAAUGUCUUUGUAGAUCUCAGAGUGCCACAGCAUUCAAAGAUGACUCGGAUGCUCGUGGUGGUUUGAUCUUUCGCUUCCAACGAUUCGAGUGAGGUACAAGGAACUCCAACACUAACAUUGUGAGUGCAAGCCUUGCCUCGGUUG